AUGGCUUCCCUUCAAGCGCAGCCUCACGCAUCUUCGUUCACGACUCCACCCAAGAAACUGAACAGUUGUGAUGCAUGUAGAUCACGUAAGAUCAGAUGCGAUCGUAUCAUACCGAAUGAACCUAGUCAUGUCAUCGAUCCCACUAUACCUCCUCCUUGUAGGCAAUGCGGCAAUCUAGGUAUAGAAUGUACGACCACUUGGAGACCUAAGAGGCGUGGACCUCCGAGUGAAUAUCUGAAAAAACGACUAGCAGCCACCAACGGCUCCAUCAAUUCCAUCCGAUCGCCCUCCAUGUCAAUUGAAAACCUGACUUCUUCUCCUUCUUCCUCUCACUCCCAUCCUCACGUUAUACAUGCCAAUGGACAUACACAUAACCAAGAAGACCUCGAUCGCACGCCUAAAGCCAUACCUCAUAACACGUUGUCUCCCAUAUCACCUCAAUCGAUUUACGUGAAUUAUCAAGAACAUCAAUCUCAGUUCGGUUCGUUGGAUAAUGUCAUUCCGAGGGAUGUAGCUGGUUAUAUCUUCUCGCUGUUCUUCGAUUAUGUACAUCCCCUCACACCUUGUCUGCAUCGGCCAACAUUCUUGAUGGAAGUUGAAACUAGGAGAGAUGAGAAGGAUCCAGUAUUCUUAGCUCUGGUGUUGAGUGUAUUGGCAUCGGCAAUGGUACAGAUACCUAAAGCUCUUCUCCCACCCAUCAACAAUAUCCCCGCGCGUGAGAUGGCAGAUCGAUGUUAUCAAGUCUCACGUUUAGUCUCUUUGAACGCCUAUGAUCCACCAACAAUAGAAAUGGUCAUUACUAGAUUCCUGGAUGCGGUGUAUCAUCUGAUAUCUGGGCGACUGGGUGCACAAGCGGCUAGCCUGGGUGAGGCUGUGCAACUUGGUACGGUCUUAGGGAUACAUAGGGAAUCAAGUUAUGUGGGCUUAGAUCCUAUAAGCACGGAAGUCAGACGAAGGAUGUUUGGGUUGUUAUUCACCUCGGAUAAAUCUGCCGCUUGUCUGAGGAAUAGACCGAUAUUCUUGGCUACGGAAGAAUGCGAUACCAUGAUGCCUAGGGAAAUUGACGAUGACUAUAUAACCCGGACUGAAUACCUCGAGUUCCCACCUCAUGCGACAUCCACAAUCGCUGGGUUCAAGAUUAUAGGUGACGCCAUCGUCUUACGCCGUACGGUCCGACGAGAAAUACCUUUGACACCCGAGACCAUCUUAGCCUAUCUGCGACGUAUAGAAACUAUAUCGGACGAUUUGAAAGCUGUCCUAAAAGAUAUUCCCUCUGCUUUGAGGCUGAACGAGACUCCCGCUGCAUUUGAUAUCCCGGAGACAAACCAAGAAUGGGGACAAGAUAUCUUAGCUCAACUGGACGUAUAUUUCACCCAGGCUUAUCAGACCAGGUCAAUCGCCAAAGAAUCUUUCUUGGUACUCAAGGGGAAUGUGUAUGUUACUCAUGCUUUGGCAAGAUAUGUCCUAUUAAAAUGUAGGGAUGAGAUUGUGGAGCAAGCUAAUCCAGACGGUGGUGUGACCGUGUCAGUCACAGCUAGGAUGGUGUCGAUAUUCACAAAUCGACAAGACAAGUAUGAGGCCAUAGUACUGGAUCUAUUAAAGGCUCUGCACAGUAUACCUAUCCAGAAUCUCGCUGUGAAUGGUCCGUCACUGGUCAACAAGGUCCGAUAUGUCGCUGUAGCUUUACUUGAUGCUCUGGAUGCCAGGAAUCCAGUCAGCCCAGAGGGUGCUUACCUGUUGGAUUUCUUGGGUAUACUUUCGGAGAUUGAGCAGACGCUAUGA